AAAUAAAAUUGCCUGUCGUUCGCGUUUUUCCAAGCCGCCAUCACGGUUAGUGUAAAAUUUGCGAUUAAAUUAGAAGAUUUCCACGGCAAAUCCGUGGUUUUGUGCAGUUAAAAAGUGACCAAUCGAUGCCGCAACCUUCAGUCGUUAUCUAGCCAAUAGAUAUUGAAACCGAAAGUUGCUCGUUCCGGAAGUGUGUAGUUCACUGCAGAAGCGGCGAUGAGUGAGCUGGAAAAGGCCAUCGACCAGAAGCUGGCGGACGCCCGGAAGGCGAGUGAGGGGGCCGAAUCCGAAUCCCAGAAGGUCGUGGAGGUUAAGAUCAAGAAAGAGCCCGGCAUGGAGGGCGAUGGCGACACGAAGAAGGUAGAGGAAGGUGGGAAGGGCAAGGAAGAUCCGAAGAGUAAGAAGGAGGAACCACCGAGGAAGGUUGCCUCCGGAAGUGCGUCGAGCAAGAAGGAUGAGCCUAAAAAGGGCGCUGAUGAGAAGAAGGAUGGUCAGUCGAGCAGAUCCGGUGGGGACAGGAAGGACGACUCGAGAAAGGUGUCUUCUUCUGGCGAUAGCCGGAGGACUUCCGGUAGCGAUAGAAGGGACGAUCACCGUAGAGGAAACGAUCGGAGAGAUGAUUCUAGCAGAAGUUAUCGGUCCAGAAAGGAGGACGAUGACAGGAGAAGGGGAACGUCUAACCGAGACAGAGACGAGCCGAGCAGAAACGGGACGAAAUCGUCCCGUGGGGAAGACGGCAAGAAGGACUCGAAACCUAAUGAAAAGAAGGAUUCAAAACCGGAAGAGAAGAAGGAUGAGAUAAAAGACAAGCCUAAGGACGAUAAGAGCAAGGACUCGGAUAAGGUGGACGCUCAGUCAGAGGACAAGAAGGACCCGGAACAACCAGAGGGAACUCCGACGGAAGGGGCGGCAGCUAAGCCGAAGAAAAAGAAAAACAAGAGGCCCAAAGUGACCAUCAACGAUGGUGUAGAGUGGGACAUUACGCGAGACUUUGGAACCAGCACUGAUGAUAUUGGCGCGGUAGCAGUCAAACAAGAACCGCCCGAAGAGUGGCAAGUUCUGUCCGAGGACCACGAAAACGACAAAGAACCUUCCGUAGAAAAGGAAACCCGAACUUCUCCCGAAAAAGAAAAACGAAAUUCUCAAGAAACGGAAAAGCAAACGUCCAAAGACAAGGACAAACCAAGCUCCAAAGACAAGGAAAAGCGGAGUCGCGAUCGGUCGCCUACUCCCCCGUGGUCAACCCGGCACAAAAGCGUCCGCGGACGGGGCAACAACCGCUACCAGUCGGAUCGCCGGUCACCACCGAGGAGACGGUCCCGCUCGCGGGAGGUGUCCAGGCGCAGGAGUCGCUCGCCAGUGCGAAACCGAUCGCGAUCGCCCCGCUACCGGCGCAGUCCUUCGACCUAUGCGCGCAGCUAUCGGGCACCCUCCCGGAGGUACAGCCCUCCGCGACGAUCUCGCAGUCCGGCCCGGCGUCGGUCACGCAGUCGCUCCAGGAUCUCGUCGGACCGCGGGGCCAAUCCGAAGGCUCUGUUGGCGAAGAAAAGCUUCCUGGACGAUUUGGCCGUCAAGUUUGCGCAAGAGGGCAAGGAGUUCCCCGAGUUGGAGCAGUAUCGGUGCGAAAUUAACAGUCAGUUUGGCUCCGGCAGCUCGUACAUGCCACGCUCGCUCGAGCACGUUCCGGGUUGUGGUGUGGGUGCGUACGCGCCACCGCCGCCUCCGGGGAUGGGAAUGUCAAUGGGGUUGGGCGGUGGUAGCAUGUACGACAUGCCGUACUCGAUGGGAGCCCCCGAGUACGUGGAGAGUCCACCCUUGGUGGGUUAUCCCAUUGCUUCGCCCGCUCCGGCCAAACCGAGUCCGCCCAUGAUUACUCCGCUGGAGGACAUUAUGGCCACUAUGAAGGGGAUCAGCGGGCCGAGUUCUUCGAUCGAAACCAUCAUGCCGGAAAAUCAAGUUGCAGUUUCGGACCUGUUGAUCAGCCAGACAUCAAAUCUUGGAUCACAGCCGGAACCCGCGCUGGAGAAAGGUUUCGUUUGGCGAGGUGACGUGAAAACUCGUGUUUCCCAGGCGAUCGAACUGCUGGAUGACAUGGAACUUGCGAUCCAGAGGUCUGGCAAGUUCAUGUACCGCUCGCAGACCUACUACGAGAACAACAUCGACGAGAAUCGGUCCCCGAUGUUGCAGGGCCCGAACAAUCCGAGGUACGCGUUCAACGCUCCACCGGGCGAAAGCAACGAUCCGUUCGGUAACAUCCCGAAAAACAUCAAACCGGUCAUCAAGACGCUUUGCCUGGACGAGGGCAGGAUCUCCGAGCACAUCUUUUUGCGCACCCGGAAGCAACAGCUGGCGGCAACGCUUAAGAAAAAGAAGCAAGAAAUGGACGAGCGCAAGAAGCGUGCGAUGGCGUCCAACGUGCCAAAGGCUCAGCUGCAGAAGACCACCCAAACCGAUCCGACCGUCUGUACGGAGUGUCUGAUUCGAAAGCUCAAAUUCCGAGCGACUGCCGAAACGCAAACCGCGCCCAUUUUGACUACCGAUUCGGUCGUCCAAACGAACCCGAUGCCGGUGCAGACGGUCAGCGAGUUUGGAUCGAUAACCGAACUCACCCCGAACCAGGUUCGCGCCGUUAGCGAACUGAUCCGGUACAUAAAGCUAACUGCCACCACUGGAUCCGUCGAAGAAAUGCGCAACUCGAUGCUCACCAACCAGAUGUACUCCGUCAACGGCGAUCUACGCAACGCCUAUCAGUACUUUGACGCCAUGGUCGAGCACAAAAACAACCGGAUCGUCCCAGCCCCACCGCCGGCGGCACCCCAGCAAAUCCUGGAGGCCAUCGACGAACCCCCGAUUGAGGACAUCAUCUACGAAGACGACAACGACGGAACCAACGAGGAAAACUGGGACGAUGACGUGGACGACGAGUACGAAAAAUAUCACAAAACCUUCGGUGGAGACUCCGAGCACGCGGCUGCCGGCGGCGGAAGGGGACAGAUGUUUGGCCAACCUCCCAGCAGCGCUCUCACCCAGUACCAGGACCCGAAGAGCAGUUUCCAGAACAACCCGUUGGCGCCGUACAGCUAUACCGGGACAAUGCAGCAUGCCGGAGGUGGACUCCGUGGACGGGGCGGCGGCCCUGCAGCUGCCGGGCGGGGAAAGUUCAUCCAGCCACGGGGUGGCCGAGGACGAGGAGGCGGCAAGAAGAACGCACGCGGUGGCAAACCCAAACCGGCCAACUGGAAAUAGAUUUAAAUAUGGUACUAAAAUCGGUAGCAUGCAGUGCACUGAGGAAUGGACACGCAGGACGAUGCACGCAAAACAACCCUCUUGGACUGACUUGGAAACGCCCUUUGCCGCAGAUGGAUGGUUCCUUCAACGUUGGACACACGGAGUUCAAAUCUACUGCAAAUGCUUGUAAGGACAACUUUGAUUGUAUGAAUUUCUGUUAAUAAAACACAAAUUAAAAGCCGUGAAAAAUUUGUUAAAAAACAACUCAAGAAUUGCAGCUCGAUUUUAAGAUGCAAUACUGUGGCAUAAUGUAGAACCGUAGAUUUAAGAAUAAAAUAAAUUAGUGAAUGUAAACGUUCGUUUCCAUUGAUGACGCAUGUCCCUCAAGUGAGCAGACAACAGGACCAGAAUAUUAUCAGCGGAGCACGUGCUGUGGAUUGAAAGGACGACUUCAAAGGAAAUCGAUGCCUUGGCGGAUGCAGUUCUAGAAGAAAUUUGUUUGGCACUACUGCAGCAGCUGGUUCUUCCGGAAAUGGCUCGCCGAAAUAAGUUUAGUUUCUAGAAAAACGUGAAAACAGUACUGUUAAAAUGGUGUAAAACCCACCCAACUUUUUUU